CAGACGCCCAUCGGUCCAAAGGGAAAUCUGAGACUGUAGCGCUGGAAGAUCACUACCAUAUCAACCGUCCCCCAAGACCUCCAGCUCUCUCGCCAAAAAAGGACGCCUAACUCUAUCUGCCCGCUCUACCCGGUCAGCACCUCCUGGCCUAACUCGUAUCCGAGUUGAGUGGCCAGGGGCCCAAAUCUUCUCGAAUUACACUUUAAUCCACUCCUUCGAAAUACCCUGGCUUAGCCUGCGGCUUCAAAGACUCCACAGCCCUCGUGGUGAGGCAAUCCCUGGCGUUUUCGUAGGUAGCAGGGUAGUGGGUUGCACCCACGUUUGUGUUUCCACCGACUUGUCGACCGCCAGUCCUUUCUGCGAUGCUUCGCGGAGCCGACCAAACCUGCAAUAUCUUUACCUGCAUGAUUUUCAGUCUUCUUCAUGCCCCAACCAGACAAUGCGACUGUCGACGACUCCAUGAACUUGACCGUUAACGACACCCCCGGUCAAGUCACCCUACCCGAUCCUACUCCUUACCCUCCUUCAACCUCCAAUACGCCUAGUUCGGAGUCUACCCGCCCACCCUAUCACCACCAAUAUUCGAGUUCGACCAGUAUAACUCAGUCCAAAAGCCGACGCUCGCUGGCUUCACUGGCAAGAGAAAAGACCUCGAACGCUUUCGCCAAUUUGGCAUCAAUCGGUACAACAUCUACCCCAAGUUUGCGCUCAGCGACGUCUUCCGGAAGUCUGGGUAAGCACUCUACCGUCAGUAGUUCGGUGCGCCCUAUUUUGCCUCGUUCGCCAACAUCUCCCGAAGUUCAUAGUACAUUACAACGGAGGACCAGCGGUAUCCCUCUUCCCAGUCAAGACCCGCGAACCAGUACUACGAUACCACCAAUGCCGCCUCCAGACAGGAACAAUGGCAGAAUGCAUCAGACGUCCUCGAAGAUUUUGCGCAUGACCGACGACGAGCGGCCGUUCACACGAGACUUCAAGGAUCUGUUUGCCACCCUCAUAACCAGCCUUCCGCUCACGCCACAUCGAGUUAGGUUCUCCAGAGUGGAAGAGACAUUCCUCGCCGAAGAGGCCAUUACCAACCUUGGUUCGUUGAAGUUUUCGCAAUCCAACCGCAUUCCCGACCCUAAGAACCCUACGAGAUGGGUCGUCACCACAACCACGACUACUUUCUCCAUGGCCAAGGAAAUGGCCCGCUCUGUCUGCCAGCGAUUUGUGGACGCCCGCCUGAUCGAAUCUGCCGAGAACAAGAGCAUCACCACGUUUGCCACCAAGGGAGGGGUAUGGCAACUGACGGCGAAAGGUCUGGCGAUUCUGGCCAGGUUCUGCAGCAGGAACGGCAUCAAUGCCCGCCACGUCGAACCUCUCCUCAAGCGAAGCCAGAUGCAAAUUGUCUCUUUGGAAAGAGACCCCUCCACUGAUAAAAUCCUGCAGGAUAGGGCGACGGUUGAGAUCAUUUUCCGGAGAUUUAUGGGCGGUUCGGACGGUCCCAAUGUCAAGAGUUCCACGUCUCUGUCCGAUUCGGAUUCUGUGUCAGAAUAUGUUACCGGCCUAGUUGGUGUAAAAAUGGCCAAGGAACGAAGAGUAAUGGAUAAGAUCGUCAACAACACCUUCACUGGCAAAGCCGCCUCAGACUGGGUCCUGGAUUGUACCACGACGAUUGACCGCCGAGAAACAUACGAAAUUGCAGAGCUGUUUGUGAAAUGGCAGCUUAUGGUCCCGAUUGUUGAGGACAGGGCCUAUAUCCGCGUAAAUCCCAUGGCGACAUAUUUUCAGCCGACCAGAUAUGCAAUCUACGCCGCUACGGAAAGAGGACAGCGUGCUUGCGGUUGGCUCGCCCGCCCGGCUAGUAUCGACAGCGAAGACAGCCGCGACCCGAAGGAGAAGAGCCGGGUCACCAGAGAUUCCAACGUGGGCCGGUUGAAUGUCAUUCUGCAAGAUGCUGCGUUGCGCUUAUUGUUCAAGGAAUUCUUGAGACAAUCGUUGUGCGAGGAGAAUCUGCAAUUCUAUUUCGACGUUUCCGACUUUAUUACCAACUAUCGCAACCUAGACGAAGGCGGGAGACUUUCUAAACCAGAAGCUGUCAGGGAAACGCUGGCCGCCGCAUACGGGUUGUACAACUCAUUUCUGGCAUCCGGAGCGCCUUCGGAGCUCAAUAUCGACCAUUCUCUUCGAAAUCGCCUAGACAGUCGAAUGAUAAGAACAAAUACCGAUGACGACGCCAUGCGAGAAAGCCUGGACGAAGUCGUGGAACUCUUUGAGCUUGCACAAGGUGCUGUCUUCAAGCUCAUGGCCAGUGACUCUGUUCCCAAAUUCCUUCGCGAUCCUAGAAACGCAACGGUCCUGCGAGAACACGAGAUCGAUAUCACGGCAGGGUCGAACCGUGCCCUGUCUCCGGCCCCCGAACAGAGCGUCAGCCGGUCCAACACCCACAAAUGAUUGUCCUGACGCAGCGACAAAAUCCUAUUCUUAUUCUGCCUGACCUCGACAGGCGCAUUCGGCACACAUUAUUAGAAAAACACACAUCUGAACAUGAUGAACAUACGAGCGCAUGGUCACCGAAGUGGACCUUGAUGUACAUAAAUGCGACAUGUUCUUCACUGCUGUCGA